AUGGAUGAGAAAGACUCGCUACGGCUUGCAGAUUUUGAAGAAAGGCAGAGGUUGAAAGACUUCGAAGACCGCCUUAUGGACAUACUCCUUAUAUUCGAUGCAACCCGUGACACUAUUACAUCCUUUCUUGAUAGGUAUCAAGAAUUCUGUAUUGGCUGUGGUAGUACAUCGGAUGAUGGUGGUAGGAUGGGGUCUGACUUUAUAGUUUGUGCUCUUCAGGAGAGGCAAAAAGAUGUCCAUUCCAGCCGGAACAAAGUGAAGAUCUUGCACAAAAAGGUCCAAGGAACGGCAAACUUACUAUCGAGUUUGCUGGACCAUGGGAAUGGAUCCUCCCUCAAGCAGCUUGCAGAGGAAGCCAGGAAAGAGAACAUCGCGAUGCGGCAACUCACAGAGAAAAGCACGAAAGAUGCUGCAGCAGUCAAAGUACUUACCAUCAUCACGUUGAUUUACCUACCCGCGACGGUCGUAUCAAACAAAAAUAAAGUGUUGUCACCCGUUAGUUCUGCGUCUGUUCAGCGAACAGCAUCUUUCACAAUGCAAGAGGCGCCUUACGGUAAUGCGAGAGAUCCAAAUGGUGAACCUUUUGCAGAACCGUCGGAGCCGUUCAGUCGGGCGCCUUAUGACAAUAACAGCAUUGCGGAACAGACUGCUGCCUCAACUGGGCCUCAAAUUGUGUUACAUCGAUCCGAAGGACUUGAAGAACCCUGGAGACCCGCAAUACAAAGCUCUCAUAGUCUAGGAAGAUCUCACUCGUCGGAGGACACGUCUUCCCGCGAAAGCCUUGACCUAGAUGCUCCGGCCGUCGGCGAUCCUCCGGACGCUUUCGACAUACCCAAGAGCAUCAAGUGCUUUUUCCAUAUCACUUUCGACGGGUCUACGGCUCCUGUUGCGGCCAACAGCUCGGCCAUUGAUUACACGGACCCCAACAGCUAUCAAGAAGUUGAGAAGAUCGCAUUAGAUCACGCCAGAGGAGCCCCCGUGGCUAAACAAAUAAACUUCAAAUAUGGAAAUUGCACGGUCAUUGGCGACCACGUCGAGAAGACUGGUCUCCCACUAACAACCCGGGAGGAUUGGGACGGUGUUUGCGCAAUUCUGGUGAAUUAUUGGAGAUCGGACCCUCAGCGGACACUUCGUGUCAACAUCUUUCGGGACUAUUUCUCCUACCGCAGUCGAGCCACCAGCGAGGCAUCUUUGGCGGCCACCAAGCGUCAGGAAAUUCAUAGUCUGAUCAAGUACGCUUCGGAAGAUAAGCAGUACAUUCCACGCACGGCUCUCAUGAGGUUCAACUCCCUAGAGAACAUUCGCGAGAUCAUCAUCCAAGACAAUCGUCUGGACAUGGCACCUGAAGAGAAAGAACACUUCAUACAAAUCGUGCACUCAAUUGCCCCCCGGCUACUAGCGCUGUGUGUAUAUGCUAAGUUGAAGAUGGAGUGCCUCAACAUACUUCUGGCAAAACGUUUUAGCGAUGCAAAUCUGCCUCAGCAACGUCAGGACUGUUGUCACGACAAGUGUGCGCCUGAUUUCGCCCUCUUGUUGAGCAUGCGGGGGUGCUUCACGGCGGCUCGAUUUGAUAACGUCGGCGAGCACCAGAACUUCCAUCGCAGUGAUGUCAUACCAAUAAACUUCAUACCGGUAGAAGAAGACCAAGACGAGGUUAUGAAGGCAGGUCGUCAGAGGGACCUGGAAAAAGGGAUAGGAAACACUUCACGCGUAGCAGACGAGGCUAAGAAGAACCCCGACCAUCACAGACUUUUGAAGAACAAAGAAGCCGACUUUGCGCUAAAAGAAUUCAAGGACCGGCCGCCCAGAGUCGACGACGACUUCCAACGGGAGCUGAAAGUCUUAGACGAGCUUAGCAAAUACCCACUUCGACACAUUGUCACGCAUCGAGCGACUUGGACGCAGGAAGGCAGGUACUACAUGUUGUUCCCAUAUGCACAAUGCAACCUACGCCAAUACAUGGAGUGGAUACGAUUUGGUGCUCCAAAAAAGGAGAAUAUAAUGUGGCUCUUACGACAAUUCCGUGGCUUGGCGGAGGCACUCAAAGAUAUUCACAAUUUGUCUGGUGCAGGCGAUUUACAGUCAGCGCCGAAUCUUGUUACUCAUUCUGGAGGUGAUCGGAAAGCGGGAUAUCAUCAUGACCUCAAGCCCGAGAACAUACUUUUCUACAAGGUUUCUGGCAACUUUGAAAUAUCCGACUUUGGGUCUAGCAAAGUACAUUCAUAUCGCUCAGGGAGUCAUAAUACUAAAUCGGGUCAUGGAACGGUUACCUAUGAGCCGCCGGAAGCAGCAGGUGAAACAUCACGACCUUACGACGUGUGGUCUCUUGGAUGUGUGUUCCUGGAAAUCCUCAUCUGGGCCGUCUUGGGCUUCCCAUCCGUCAAGAAGUUUGGGGACGAAAGGGAUGACAGACGCUAUCCUGGAUCCCACGUGAAUAUCAUGAAAGACGACGCCUUCUGGCAGAUGCUUCAGAAUGGGGACAUCAUGGUCCGCAAACCUGUCGAAACUUUUACCGAGAUUCUAAGAGAGAAAUUCUUACAGCAAAGGGACCACCCAUUCAUGAAUGUUUUAGACUUGGUGAUUAGAAUGCUUGACACCGUCAAGGACACACGGAUUUUGGCAUUGGAUGUCUACGAUACUUUGGACAGGAUUUACAAGCAAAAGAAAAUUGACCUGGAGAACGUCAAGGAUGACUCUUUGCCCGACAAUGACGACGCCCAGGAGCUGUCUCCGUAUCUGCCUCGAUUGUCUCUCGACCCCCCUGAUCGUCGCUCUCCAGAACGGACACGGGAAGGAGCUGCCGUGGCUGUCAGAAAUGCUGGUAAUGUUCCUGGAGACUUUCUGACCGCCUCCCCGAUGAAUUCAACCUCACCGCAUUCUCCUCGAGUUUUGCAUAGAUGGAAUAGUUCUGCGAGUGAAUUUGUGGGACGAUCUCGAAACGCUUCUAUCGCAUCCUCAAACAUGAGCACGCAUGGGCGUCACGGAAGCCAUGAUGAACGCAAUUGA